AUGGCACCCUCGGUGUCCUCAGCGUCCGCCCCCUCUUGGGAAGGCGACGAAAUGCUGCACGUCUACCUCUGCGACUACUUGCGCAAGCGCGGCUACACGCAGGCGGCGCUCUCCCUGAGUGCGGAAGCCGGCCUCAAUCAGCAGCAGGCACCGCCAAUCGAUGCUCCACAUAGUCUGCUCUUUGAAUGGUGGGUCAUCCUCUCGCAGCUUCUUGCCGCAAAGACGGACCCGCAGCCAUUCGCAAAUAUGCAGAGCAGCUCAGUUGCACUCGAGCCAGUGCAGUUCGGUGGCGCAUCCGAGGCCGGCGAUGCAGCUUCAGCCAGCCAAAUGGCGACGACAUCGCAGUCACAAUCGCAGCCGACCACAGCAUUUCCAGGUGCGACUCAACAUGGCGAGCAUAGUUCAGGCGACCGCAUUGCGUCUGCACACAUCUGGCCUCAGCAACCAACUCGAUCGCAACCUUCUGUCUUGACAAAGUCGGCAGAGCAAUCGACAGCCACUGCAUCCACUCCUGGUCAAAACUGCAACCAGUCUACCCAACCUCAACAGCCGGGGGCGACGCAGCAGCGAGGACCAGUCUGCGCUCUAUCGCCGCAAGACCUGGGGGCAAGCAAUAGGAUCGGGCUCGCAAGGCCGGCCAGCCGCAUACUCAUCCAACAAUGCAUGGACAUGAUGAACUUUGGCGCCAAGCCCAUCGAGGCUUUGAGCGCCGCCGAGGCGCAGGCGCUGGCGAAGCGCGUGACUCGCCUGCAGACGGCUCAAAACGAAGCACAGAAGCGCCUCGCCGAGCUGCACGGCCUGCAGCCGCCGAAACCGCUUCCAAGCGUGUUGAGCCCGGCUCCGCAGCCAAGCCAAGCAUUGCCACCAACGCAGGGCAUGUCGGUGCUGGAGCCCAACCAGCUCCCGUAUCCGGGCGCUCGCGCCCGGCAGAAGCGCAAGGAGUCUCCGAACCAUACAGGCACGAUUCCCUUGCUGCGUCGACUCUCGCAGCCAUAUCGCUCCGGCUCUCCGAACAACUCGUCGGUGCCUACUCCAUCGAUGAGGGCCACACCCACAUCGCAGCCACCUUCGCCCAUCGGACCGGCGACGGACAACACGUUCUCAUCUGGCGUCCCGCUGCAUUCGGUGUUUCGACGGCCUUCGUCGAGCAUCGAGACGCCUCCGUCAUUGCUGCAACCAGGCUCGGCGGGAUCGCGCUGCGUGAGUCCACAGGUGGCGAUGGUGCGGCCCUCGGGUCUGCCAUUUACGUCGCCGGGUGCUGCGAGUGUAAUGAGUCUCGGUGCCGAGUGGCCCGGCUCAGCAAGUGCGUCGCAGUCGCCCGUGUAUGGUCUGCAACCGGCUGCGCAGGCGUGGUCGAGCUUCGGCAGUCCGGAUUUGCUGUAUCCGCCUGAGAACGCGCAGGUCUCAGGGAUGGCUUUUUGGCAGCCAGUAGCAGGCAGUAGCGUGCAGGCAGCAGCGGGAAUGGACGCAGCAAUGCCACCGCCUGUCUCGCCGGCAUACGCACACGGACCCGGCUGGACGCCGAAUGCAUUCGCUGCUGGCGAUGGCGCCAAGGGAGGCCCGAUGGAUGCAUACGCUGCGUUGGGGAGCCAAGCCGCCUUUGCCGGCAAUUCCGCACCACGCUGGAAUCAGUUCGAUGCACAAGCGUAUGCGCUUGGUCUCGGCAACCAGGGUGGUGGAUGA